UUAACACAAAGUACAAUAUUUAUUUCUAUUUGUUCAUAUAGAGAUUCUGAGCUACAACACACUAUUAAUGACAUGUUUAAAAAGGCUUAUUAUCCAAAUAGAUUGCGUGUCGGUAUAUGUUUACAAGUUGAAGAAAAUGAUUCAAUUAAUGAUGUAUUCGAUUAUAGAAAUCAAUCUUACUCUAAACAAAUUAAGGAAAUUGUUUUAAAUUACAAACAAUCACAAGGCCCAUGUUUUGCUCGAUAUUUAAUUCAACAAAAUUUAUAUGAUCAAGAAGAUUAUUACUUACAAAUUGAUUCACAUAUGAGAUUUGAUGAAGGAUGGGAUGUUACACUAAUCAAACAAUUGAAACAAGUUGAUGAUGGAAGCAAACAUUCCAUUCUAUCUACAUAUCCAGUAGGAUAUGAACAACCAAAUCAAAUUCCCGAACAUGCCAAACCAACAAUCAUUGUUGCUAAAACAUUUUCAAAGGAUGAUAAUGGAUUUGAAAUGGUUAGAUUGGGAGCUAAAAUUGUUUUGGAAAAUCAUAUUGAAAAACCAAUUCCUUCACUAUUCUUUGCAGCAGGUUUUGCAUUCAGUUUUGGAAAGAUUGUAAAAGAAUGCCCCUAUAAUGAAUUACCAUUUAUUUUCUUUGGUGAGGAAAUGUACAUGCUUAAAAAAUUCAUAUCUAAAGGAUACAAGUUAUUCUCACCAACUGAGCCAAUCAUUUAUCACUUGUGGAAGAGAAGUUAUAGAAAGGUAUUUUGGGAGUUAUCAAAUGAAUCUAUGGAAGCUAAACUAACAUUUGAUAAU